UGUCACGGGAAGUGCCAUGUUUGCGGAAGCUAAGCUGUAGCAGCUAACCUGACAGUUUGUCAUCUUUAUCCGUGAAUGUUGUGCUGAGCUGUCGUUUAAGAUCCAAAAAUGAAUUUACCGAAAGGACCAGAUUCUCUGUGCUUCGAUAAAGAUGUUUUUAUGAAGGACGAUUUUGACGUCGACCAAUUUGUGGCCGAGUGUCGAAAGCAGGUCCAGCUGGAGGAGAUGAGAGAAGACCUGGAGAUGUACUACAAACUGCUGAAAACAGCCAUGGUGGAGCUCAUCAACAAGGAUUAUGCAGAUUUUGUCAACCUCUCUACCAACCUGGUGGGAAUGGACAAAGCCCUCAAUCAGCUUUCGGUGCCACUGGGACAGUUACGAGAGGAGGUUAUGAGUCUGCGUUCCUGUGUGAGUGAAGUGAUACAGGCCAUUGAUAACCAGCUGUCCAAACAGGAAGACCUGCAGAAAAAAAAGGUGUGCGUACUGAGGCUGAUUCAGGUGGUUCGCUCGGUGGAGAAGAUUGAGAAGAUUCUCCACUCGCAGAGCUCGAAGGACUCCAGUUCUCUGGAAAUCAGCAGCCCUUUGUUAGCGGGCCAGAUCCUGGAGCGGAUUGCAACAGAAUUCAACCAGCUUCAGUUUCACGCUGUGCAAAGCAAAGGCAUGCCGCUGCUCGACAAAGUCAGACCUCGCAUUGCGGGGAUCACCUCCAUGCUGCAGCAGUCCCUGGAGGGUCUGUUGAUUGAGGGUCUGCAGACGUCCAAUGUGGACAUGGUGCGCCACUGCCUGAGGACGUACGCCACCAUAGACAAAACCCGAGACGCAGAAGCUUUGGUGGGACAAGUGCUGGUCAAACCAUACAUGGACCAGGUUAUAGUAGAAGAAGUUGUGAAGUCCAGUCCGAGCGGUCUUCAGCUGAUGUUCUCCAGACUGUUGGACUUUGUUCCUCACCACUGCAGACUGCUUCGAGAGGUGACUGGAGGAGCUAUAUCCAGUGACAAGGCUGAUACGGUGCCAGGUUAUGAUUUUCUGGUGAACUCUGUGUGGCCGGAGAUGAUCAGAGGAGUAGAGGAAAGGUUGGCUUACAUCUUCAACCCUGGAAACCCUGAGAUAUUCUACGAGCGCUACAGCGUUAGCAUGGACUUUGUCCGGCGUUUCGAGCAGCAGUGCAGUUCUCAGGCCAGUGUGAAGAGACUGAGAGUUCAUCCGUCGUAUACCAGUUUCAACAACAAAUGGAACCUGCCUGUCUACUUCCAGCUUCGGUACAAAGAGAUUGCCGGGCGCCUGGAGAACACCAUAGGAGACGGAUUAGAAGCAGCACCAGCUGGCAGUUUGUUCCACCUUCAAGUGUCUGAGGUGUUAUGGUCCUGCUUGGUUAGGUGCUGGUCGGACAAGGUCUACCUGUCACCUCUUGCUCAUCGCUUCUGGAAGCUGACUCUGCAGCUGUACUCGCGAUAUGCCAAGUUUCUGGAUGAGGCGUUGACUAAAAACCCGGCCUUCGAGGCUCCGAAGGAGCCGACCAGACCCCUGCCGAGCUCGGCCUCUUCCACGUCCAGCCGAACGUCCCUGGACGAAGGCGGCAGCGAGGGCGGCGGCCCGGCAGCUCUGUCCACCAAACAGCUGGUUUUCAUUGCAGCUGACAUUCAGAAGCUACAGGAGAAGAUCCCAGAGUUGUCAGAGAUGGUCAGACAGCGAUUAGAUGCUAUCGGGAUCAAAAACUUUGCAGUUGUAGAAGAUGCCCUCGCAGACUCCAGGGUUCGCCUGUCCAGCAGCAUUCCGUCUCUGAACACCAGGAUGACGCAGCAUCUGACCGAACGCUCCUGCCGCUUCCUGAAGAGCGCCUCUGAGGUCCCACGACUCUACCGCAGGACCAAUAAAGACCUACCAGUACGAGCAUCGGCAUACAUGGACAACGCUUUACAGCCAUUACACCAGCUGCUAGCAUACUCCACAGGGCUGGUCAACCCCCUAACGUCACAAGAAUGGCUCCGAGUUACACUGUCUGACUGCACACAGAAGUACUACGAGACCAUCUCAGAAGUGCUGAGCUCAGUGAAAAAGAUGGAAGACAGUCUGAAGCGUUUAAAGCAAGCCAGAAAAGGUGCAAGCGCUGCUGUCACAACAGGAACCAACGGUGGGCCGACGGACGACAGCAAGAUCCGUCUUCAGCUGGCCUUGGAUGUGGAGUAUCUGGGCGAACAGAUUCAGAAAAUGGGCCUCCGGCCCAGUGACAUCUCCAUGUUCUCCACCCUGAUGGAGCUUGUGAAAGAAGCCCGGGACCUCGCCGAACAGAACCAGUAGAACAUCCGCUCUGAAGGCGACGGGGAUUUCUUCACACCUUCAGAUUUUUCGAAGAAAUGAAAGUUUUGUCCGCGACGACAUGAGGAAGAACAAGAACUGACUUUAUGAAAUCAUCGUCCAAAUCACUGAGCCCUCACAGUGCAACAAACAACUGGGCUACAUGUGUACCAGGGUUGGUAUGUUACUCUGGGAUCAUUUGCUACUGUGUAGUGUAUCCUCGCUGUAAAAACUGCUACAUUGAUCACCUCUUGGGUUUGAAUGUUUCUAAAAGAUCCAAAUUUUAUUUUUCAAGGGUAAACUCAGUAACAGCAUGUUUAUUUAAUUUUUUAAACGCCUUACAGAUGAAAUUAGUGUUAAUGUGGAAUAUGUACAGAUUCAAACUAAGGGUGCAGAAUCCAAAUUAAUAAUUUGGGAAUAAAGAAAAAGGCUUUAUAUCAUCUGUGUUUUUAUCCACAGAUGAUUCAGUAGCUACAUAUGAUCCUGUUGUUUAAUUUUAUUGUGUUUUUUUUUUCUAACAAUCUAUUAAAAAGGGCGACUCUGGGAACAA